ACUGCAACGUUUUUUACGUCUGCCAAGUGGUUUAAAGAAAAAAAUUUGUCGCCACAUAUUAAUUUAAAGCACUGUUCAUUCAAUUUUAAAAUAAAGUUUGAGUUCCAUUACCAGAUAACCAAAACGAUAUGUUGCGUAGAGUGACUACAUUACUUCCUAAAAUCGCGUGCCACUCCAGACGUCUAAUUUCUUUAGGAUCCACUCGAAAAUGCAUGCACAUGCACGAAGAAGAACCGGAAGACGUUUUUAUCAAACGCUUUGAAGACUUUUUCAAUCGUUGCGAAAUCGAUGGUUGGGAUUUGCGUCAAGGCAUGAAUGAUAUUUUAGGAUACGAUGUGGUACCCGGUCCUAAAAUUAUAGAGGCUGGGUUGCGUGCAUGCCGUCGACUCAACGAUAUUGCCUUGGCUAUUAGAUGGAUUGAAGCAUGCAAGGAUAGAUGCGGCGAUAAAGUAGACCAGAUAUAUCCGUAUUUAUUAAGUAAUAUACGUCCCACUCUUAACGAACUUGGCAUACCGACACCAGAAGAGCUGAAUUACGAUAAACCAGAGUUGGCACUAAAAUCUGUAUUUGAAAUGUAAAACUACAAACUUCUUCGUGAUUUCGAAUUUGCGUAUAUUAAAAUAUAAAAACUCCA